AUGGCACCCAACGGCGGCGCCAGUUCAACCGGCGAUGCCCAGGCUAGCAACGCAGACGGUUCCAAGGGUUCCUCCGCCUGGCCGAGAUUUCACGACAGGAUCAACGAAGUGGCCGACAAUUUCUUCUACCGCCUGGGGUACUGGGUAGCCACGCACCCCAAACGGACCCUUCUCAUCAGCCUCGUUCUUGUGAUCGCCUGCUGCUUCGGGUUCGCCAACUUCAGGAUUGAGGGCGAUGACGGCGAGUAUGCCACCUUUCUGGUGGAGAGCCCGUCUGAAACAGGCAGCGUGCUGACUAAAGAAUCGGUCGAUGCGGUAUGGGAGCUGGAUGCCAUCGUCAUGGCCGUCGAGGUUGAUGGCAACACCUACGCCGACUUGUGCUCCAAAGAACUGGACGGUGCGACGUGCGAACCGGUGUUCCGUGGGAUCACUCGCUUCUGGGGAGAUUUCUACACCUACGAGGCUUCCGUGACAAGCGAUGCGGAUAUCCUUGCGGCCGUGAACGUGACCACCUUUCCGGAUGGGUCGGCAGUCAGUGAGCAGGCCCUCUUCGGCAACGGGAUCACCUAUGAUGACGACGGCAACAUCUCCGGAGCAAGGGCUGUCAUCCAGGGGUAUGCGCUCGCGUCUGACCCUGAUGAUGGCGCGGACAUCAAUGACUACGUUUUCGACUGGAACGAGGCGUUUCACGACGCCAUGCAGGAAGCCACGGACGAUUUCGAUGUUCUCGACGUAUACUACCUCACCAGCCGGUCUGGCAACGAUGCCCUCGAAGAGGCCGUGUCGGGCGAAAUCUUUCUCUUCAUCACCACCUAUAUUCUGAUGGUCGCAUUCGUUUCGGUAGCAAUCGGACGGUGCUGCAGCGGACCCGUCAAGCGACGGAGCUGGUUGGGAGUCGGCGGCGUCAUGCUCGUCGUUGCCGCAGGCUUGGCAGCCUACGGGAUCAACAGCGGCUUCGACAUCCCCUUCACGCCACUUUCGCGGAUCCUCCCUUUCAUCCUCAUCGGAAUCGGCGUGGACGACAUGUUUGUCAUCGUCGCGGCGUACGACCACACCGACCCUUCGCUCGCCGUGGAGGAAAGGAUCGCCCUCGGAGUCAAGCGCUGCGGGGUGUCCGUCACCUACACGUCGCUGACGAACUUCUUCGCCUUCAUGCUGGGCAGCAUGUCCUCCCUUCCGGCUGUGGAGUACUUCUGUCUCUACGCCGGCACUGCCAUCUUGUUUGACUUCUUCCUCCAGAUGACAGCUUUCGUGGCACUUCUGACCAUGGACGCCAACCGUCAGAAGGCCGGCAAGAUAGACUCGUGCUGCUGCUUCACCAGCAAGAAGUAUCUCCGGGAGCAAGAGCGGCAACACCAGGAGGGUGUCCCAAGAGGAGUCACGCUGCCUGCGAGCAUCGGCGAGAGGGUAGACAUGAGCCGAAGGGCGCUCGACCGCAAGGCGGAGGUGCACCAGAUAUCGUCGAUCGGAAGGUUCAUGAAAGAGAAGUACUCCCCUUUCGUUUUGUCAGCCAAGGGGAAGGCCCUGGUGCUACUCGGCUCGGCAGGGCUGCUGGCCGCCGGCAUCUAUGGCGUCACACAGGCGACGCAAGGCUUCGACGCCCUCGAUCUUGCUCCGGACGGUCACUACUCAAUAGAAUACACGGAAAAGGCGAGGUCCUACGACUUCGAUAUCCAGGAAUGGUACGUCCCGAUCAAUGUCUACACCCAGGAGGUCGACUAUCCCGACGUUACUGUUCAGGCCGAGAUUCAGUCUGUCGAUGAGGAAAUGAUAGAGGCUAAGAACGUCGACGGGCCGCUGGACUCGUGGCUCGCCUCCUUCAUCGAGUGGGCAGAGGCCAACACCACCUACAGUGCAAACGUGGGUACGUCUGGGGGCUACCCGGUGUACGACGAUCGGGACACGUUCUACACCGCUCUCUCCGCCUUCCUGGCGGACGAGGAUAACGCAAGAUUCUUGACGGACGUGAUCUUCGACGACGAUGGACUCAUCAAGAUAAGUCGGUCGGAGAUGUACCUGAUCAAUCUCGUCGACACGGAUAACAAAGUGGACGCCCUCGAGGAUACGAGAGAAGUCGCCGACCAAUCAACACUCGACCCGCAGCCGUUCGCAUACUCCGAUGCGAUAAUCGAUGUUGAGCUGCUAGGCUUCGUCUACCACUGGAAUUUGGACGUGAACAGCAUCACUGUGAUCGAGCUGAUCAUGGCGGUCGGGUUGGUGGUGGACUACAUGGUCCAUAUCGUGCACUACUUCCUCCAUCAGGACCCCAGCAUCCCGAAGGACGCGCGAAUCGCCGAAGCGCUGGGGGAGAUCGGGCCCUCGGUAAUGGUGGGAGCGGCGACAACGUUCCUGGGAAUCAUGCCCCUGGCGUUCGCUAACAACGUUAUCUUCCGCGUUUUCUUCAAGAUGUUCCUCGUCAUCAUCUCCUUCGGGUUUUUCCACGGUGUGGUAUUCAUCCCGGUCUUGCUGUCGAUGCUGCCUGACCGCCUGGUUUCACAGUCCGCUCCCGAAGAGGAUGCGGCAUCUGUCGAACGACACACCGGAAGCAAGAAGCUGGUGGUGUUAGAAGGACCGAUAUCUGUUUGAGAACACCGACGAAUUGAGCGCGCUCGUGGAAAAUGAAGAAGUUCCAUCCACGUGCUCGCGAUGAAGCCGAGGGCAUUUGCGUGACCAACUCCGGCCGGUGGCCUGCAGAGUAGGAACAAGCGCAAGAGUCACGGAGACGCUGCUCUUCCGCACGGCGAGCGGCACGGGUUUUCCUGUUGUUCCCCUGUCUUGUGUGUGUGGUGAAUACGCGGACGUAUACGCGUGAUGCAGCCCCUCGUUUUGAGUAAACGUCCCACACUUGCUUCCCUUCUCGGUCCCGCCACGGUGGUGGUGUAGGCGGGUGCAAAAAUCCUCUCAAGUACCCUGGUCACACAAAGGUCGUCGUUCAUGUUUGUGUGCUUUCCAUUCACGUGCUGGCAAGUACGCCUGGUAAGCUGUCUUCUACCUUGUACAAUAGGGGUCUGGUUUUGCUGCCCAGAUGUGAGGUGUGUAUUGCGUGUUUGUUUGUUCACUUCGGUCAGUAGACUUUGGGCUGUCUGCCCUUCUACGCUGGAUGGACGAAGGAAUGCGGGUAUGGGGGGGUAUGUCUAUUGGAGUGAUUUCCGUGCGUGCGUGUGUGUGUACUUGAUGUUUGU